GAUGGUGAGACGGGGCCUUUAAAUAUUUGAAACAUUAAUUUAUUCUUUCGGAACUAUAAAAGAGGAACUGCGCUUACAGAUGCAGUUAGUUUGUUUCAAGUUUUUGGUGAGAAAUAAAAGUUAUUCGCGCUAUAAAGAAUAAAAGAAUUGACUGAUAAACAAAAUGGAAGGUGAACAAUUAGCCAAAGUAACAAUCCCCACAGUGGGUGAAAUCGAAGACGACCCUCGAAUAGCACUUGAGAAGUUUAAAAAUAACCUAGAAAACUUCAAACUAAAAAUGCAAGCCUUCGGCGGAUGCUUGGAAUACAUGCAAAACAGUAAAAUGAACGAAAGGAAAAAAACUGAAUUCGUCAAGGACGCUAAAUCAAAGAUGGAUGACAUGGCGAAGGAAAUGUGUGAACUUAUUAACCGUGACGUGUCCGACAUUCAACACAAAAUGGAACUUUUUUGGAACGAGCUUCAAGAAAACAUCGUAUUAAAUGAAUAGUUAUUAGCAGUUUUCGUCUGUGAAUAUUUCAAAUUAUUGAUUCUAACGUUUUAAUACUUUUUGACUGUUAUUUUAAUUUAAGACAAGAAUUAUUUUUUUAUCAAAAGUUUACAUCAAAUAAAUAUGGUCAUACCCAAAUUCGAUCCA